AUAUAGUUAAAAUUGGCUUUAUUGAAGAGGAAGAAAAACACCUCUGUUGAACAGGAGAGAAGAUAAAAUGCAUGCAUAUAUAUAGAGAAAGAUGAGGUAAUCUGUUAGUUUUUCUUUUUCUGUGAUAUAGGUCAUCUUCUGAGAACAAAGAGAGGGUGUGGAAGAGAGAUUUGUUAAGAAUGGAGAAUAUGUGAUAAAAUCAGUUGCAGAGAAUGUGAAAGAAUAAUGACCUGAAGAAAGCAAUAGGACGCCUAGCAGCAUUAAAGCAAUUUGGUGCUGGUGACAAAGAAUUUGUAUUGGAGUAAAUCUUACCUCUUCUAAAAGCACUUGGCUUCUCAGGUGUUGACAGACAGAAACAGAUAACUUAUCUCAAGCAUAGGAUAAUGAUUUUAUUGAACAAGUGGGACCAAAAUAUGUUCAAGAAAGUUAGUGAUUGACAGAAGAGAAUCAAGGUUGACCUGAAAGAAGGUGAAGAAAGAAAUAUACUGAUGGAGUGGAACAGGGUCAAGUUGGAGACAGGGCUGGAGAUGUCAAUGAGAUCAGAGCAUUUUCAUGUUGGAGAAAGAUGAAUAAGCAAUCUCGAAAGUGUCACACCACCAAUCUACAAAGUGGCAAGUGUUAGCUUGGAGCCUAGGGAUCUUGUGUGUGGUCCUGAUGAUAACACUGCGUGUCUUGCUUGCAAACUUAUUUUCUAGCAGAGAAGACCAAAACCAAAAACUAUCAACUGUUCCCACUCUAUCUUCUAAAACUGGUGAAUGUUCCUGUGACCUUUGUUCCACUCACUGGAUUGGAUUUGGAAAUAGUUCUUACUAUCUUUUCAGUCAAGCCAGAACCUGGGUGGAAAGCCAUGCUGCCUGUGCAGAGCUGAAUUCCCACCUUCUAAAGAUUGAUACUAAGGGAGAGCUGGAAAUUUUAUCAGUGCUAGAAGCAAAAGGAUGGAUAGGUCUUCAAAUCAGUGAAUCCUGGUUAUGGGAAGAUGGCACCACAGUAAAUGAAAACCUAUUCGAAUUCCUGAAAAUGGAUGAUGAGAGCUGUGCAUAUAUUGAAGGAAAUUAUGUUUAUACUGCUAACUGUUUAUCUGGGAAAUCUUACAUCUGUGAGCUUACCAUAUAGCAGCUGAAUUUUGCUAAUACAUAUUGUUGGUGAAUUUUAAUUAAUUAAAAAGUACAAAAUAUGUUGUUGCUUUUAUAAAAUGUUAUAAAUUAUUACUAAAGCUUUUUUUUAACUGCACACAGAAUACUUUAGCUAAAUUUUUGAAUUUUAAAUAUAUUCUAAGUGAGGAAAAUUUAUCACCCAAAUUCCUUGGGAGCAAGUAUUUUCCCUACAAUAACUCAUAUUAAUAUUUUUUAAUUUAAUAAAGUUAAAAGCACUUUUUAUGAACUAAAACAUUUGUAAAAUUAGGGAUACAAAAAUAAAAAGUGCUUCUAUAUCAGUUAGGGUUCUGGCAUGAAAUAGACAUCAUUUAAGAUUGUUCAAGAGGUUUAAAGUGAUGAGGACACUCACCAUAUUGGUGAGGUUUAAUGGAAAAAACAAGAAAUAACAAGAUUUGUAGACCUCUCCUUGGGGGCAAGUCUUGGGGGCAAGCCAGGGUGCUUGUGUUCAAGCACACUCCUUAAGAGCAGAGUCCAGGCUUCCCACAGUCCUUCCAUCUGUCCUGGUACUUCUACCAUUAGCCACAGGUACUUGUUUCCCCCACAAAAGACUCCAGGACUGUCACACCCAAUCUGUGGCCUGACCCAUUCAAUCCCAAGAGUGGGUCUCCAUCAGUAUAAUCUCUCUUUCCUUUGAGUCCCCUCCAAGGAGCACCAGUCCUGACCCAAUCACUUCUCUUCCCUGCCUACCUGAUUACUUGUGUAUCUUUCUUACAGUUUGGUUAUACGGGAGUCCUUUUGCCAAUUUCCAGUUAGGUUUCAGUGAGAAUUGUUCCACAUGUGGAUGUAUUUUUGACACAUUCAUGAGAGGGCAGGUAAACUUUAUGGCCUCUUACUCUGCCAUCUUAAUCUGAAAAGUGUUAGUCAUUCAGUUGUGUCUGACUUUGCAACCCCAUGGACUCUAGUUCACCAGGCUCCUCUGUCCAUAGGAUUCUCCAGUCAAGAAUAUUGGAGUGGGUUGCCAUUCCCUUCUCCAGGUCUUGAUCUGAACCUCCUUUAUUUACUUGGAAUAUAGCAUGACUCCCUUUUGAUCUAUAAAAUUUCUGCUGAAAAGGCAAAUAAUAAUGUUAUGAGAGUUCUCUUGUAUAUAACCAGUUGCUUUUUUCUUGCUGCAUUUAGUAUUCUCUCUUUGCUUUUUAUUUUGCCAGUAUAAUUAUAAGUGUUUUUUUGUGAACCCCUCUGAGUUCCUAUUGUUUUGGAACUUCUGUGCUCCUGGACAGGGAUAUUUGCUUCCUUUUCCAGGUUAGAGAAGUUUUAUACUCUUAUUUCUUCAAAUGAGUUCUCUGCCCCUUUCUAUCUCCCACUUCCUUCUGGGUCUCUAUGAUGCAAUUGUUUGUGCACUUGACAUUAUCCCAUAAGUGUAUUAAACUGUCCUAAUUUUUGAAAUUCGUUUUUCUUUAUUCUGUUCAAGUCAAGCAAUUUCCACCAUUCUCUAUCAGUUUGCUCAUCUGUUCAUCUGGGUCAUCUAAUCUGUUGCUGAUUCCCCCAUGUGUAUUUUAAAAUUUUAACUAUUGAAAUCUCCAGCUCUGUGUUUCUUCUGAUAUUUUCUAACUCUUUGCUAAAAUCUGUGCUCACCCACUCUUCUCCCGAGUUCACUGAGCAUCCCCAUGAUCAUUUCCUUGAAUUCUGUUAGAUAGAUCAGUUACCUUCACUUUGUUUACUUCUUUUUCUGUGAUUUAUUUGUUCCUUAAUUUGAAACAUCCUGUCUCCAUCAUUCUCUCUGAUUCUCUAUAUUUGUUUCUCAGUGUUAGGUAGUUUGGUCAUGUUUCUGGUUCUUGGAGAAGUGAUCUUACGUAGGAGAUGUCUUAUGGGGCCCAACAGUAGACUUCUCUGGUUACAGAGCCAUAUGCUCUAGAGGUGACUCUGUGUGGGAUGCAUAGGCCAACUAACUACUAUUGGGACACUGGUAGAUGUGGUUAGUCCCUUGUUGGUUAUGUUUGCAGAAAACAUUUUUCCAUGUUGUCAUAUUUUUUUUUCACUUUUCCAAUAGUAUCUUUUUGAUAGACACAAAGACUUUAUUCCCAAGAUUUAUUGAGAUAUAAUCAACAUAUAACAUUAAGUCAAACAUUUAGAUUUGAUAGAUUUAUAUACUGCAGAAUGACUACCAUCAUUGCAUUGACUAUACCUCUGUCCUAUCACAGAGGUACCUUUCUUUUUCAUGAUAAAACUUUCAAGAUCUAUUUUAUAAGCAACUUCCAAGAAUAUACUACAAUAUUAUUACUUUAUUCAUCAUGCUGUACAUUAGAUCUCUAAAACUUGUUAAUCUUACCACUGAAAGUUCAUUCAGUUCAGUUCAGUCACUCGGUCAUGUCCAACUCUUUGGACCCCAUGGACUGCAGCACGCCAGUCUUCCCUGUCCAUCACCAGUUCCUGAAGCCUGUUCAAACUCAUGUUCA